UACUUUUAUCCCUUAUCCUUGACAAAAGGAUAUUAUUACUGUUGUGUCAAAUUGUUUAAAAUAAAUUUAUUGUUGUGUUUUUCGAAAAAAUAUAUAACAAAUAAUGGCCGAUGAAUUGCCUUACAAAGCAGAAUAUGCUAAAAGCGGUAGGGCUGCUUGUAAAGGAUGCAAAACUCCCAUAUCGAAGGAUACUUUAAGGCUUGCCGUGAUGGUCCAGUCUGCAUUCCACGAUGGAAAACAACCAAAUUGGUUUCACAUGAAAUGCUUUUUUAUGAAACAAAAACCAAAAACAGUUGGUGAUAUUAAAGAUUUUGCAUCACUUCGAUAUGAAGAUCAGCAAAAGGUGCAAGAGAAAGUUGAUGCUUGUGGCUCAGGCGCUAUCGUUCCUGAUGAGAAAGGUAAAGGAAAGAAACGAGCAAAAAAUAUACCAGGCUUAAGUGACUUUGGUAUUGAAUAUGCUGCAUCAAGCAGAGCUGCAUGCAGAGGAUGUGAACAGAAAAUUGCAAAGGAUGAAAUAAGAAUUAAAAAGACUGUAUAUGAUACUGAAAUCGGAAUGAAAUAUGGGGGACAAGCAUUGUGGCAUCAUCUUGAGUGCUUCGCUAAGAUGAGAACUGAGUUAGAAUAUUUUGAAAGUGGUGAUAUAUUGCCUGGUUUCAAAUCAUUAUCUAAAAAUGAUAAAAGUGAAGUUUUAAAACAACUGCCUAAAAUUAAAAGUGAAGAUUUACCAGAAGUGAAGAAAAUUAAAAAAGAGCCCAAAGACGAAGUAGAUACUGCACAUGACAACCAAAAAGAGAAAGAUUUACAAGAACAAAGUAAAAUAAUGUUUAAGUACAGAGAUUCUUUGAAACAACACUUGAAGAAAAAUGAUAUGAUAUUGUUAUUGGAACACAAUAAACAAGAAGUGCCACCUGGAGAAGAUAGAAUUUUGGACCGAUUAAGUGAUAUAAUGACUUUUGGGGCUCUAGCACCUUGUAAGGAAUGCAAUGGAGGACAAUAUGUAUUUGAGAACAAUGGAUAUAUGUGCCAUGGUGAUUUAACGGAAUGGACAAAAUGUAAAAAUUUUACAUUAGAACCAAAAAGAGUACCUUUCAAGGUUCCAAGUGACUUAAAGAAAGAACAUAGUUUUCUUAAUAAAUAUAAGUAUAAACCUAGAACACGAAUCAUUAAAUAUGUUGCACCCAGUGUUUCGACCAAAAAAAUUAAAAAAUCUGAUGAAGAAGAUGGACCAAAAGUGAAGCGUGCAGCCCCUCCAUUAAAGAAUAUGGAGUUUGUUUUUAUUGGUAAAACAGAGACACCGAAGGAAGAUUUGAAAAAAAUGAUUGUAAAGCUAGGUGGAAAAGUUGGAUCCAAAGUGCAUGAGAAAGUAGCCGCUGUGGUUGGAACAAAAGAAGAUAUUGAAAAGAUGGGAUCCAAAAUGCAAUCAGCAAAAGAGUUAGGAAUACAGGUCAUUCCUGAAUCUUACUUCGAUGAUAUCAAAGAUGGUGGUGCCGUAAGUUAUAUCACAACUAUGAGUUUAUGUGAUUGGGGAAAUGAUCCAAGAACUCGAAUCCCCACAGAUGAAGAGAAAAGUAAAAAAUCUAAGAGUAUUUACACAAAAUCCUUGCCAUCUAAAGUCACAUUAAAGCUCAAAGGUGGUGCAGCCGUUGAUCCAGAUUCUGAAUUGCAAGAUGUAGCACACAUUUAUAAAAAAUCUGAUAAAUUUUUCAAUGCUGUUUUAGGGAAAACAGAUAUCCAAUCAGAUAAAAAUUCUUAUUAUAAAUUACAAUUAUUGGAAUCUGAUUCCAAUAAACGUUAUUGGGUAUUUCGAUCGUGGGGACGUAUUGGCACAACAAUUGGGGGAAAUAAAUUAGAGGAUUUUGGAAGUUCAAAAACUGAAGCUUUAGAUAGUUUUUAUACUUUGUAUGAAGAAAAAACUGGAAAUAAUUGGAACACCUCUGGAGAAUUUAAAAAGAUGCCUGACAGAUUUUAUCCAAUUGAUGUUGAUUAUGGAGAGGAUGAUGCUGUUAAAAGCUUGGAUUCUUCAGAUGUGAAAUCCAAACUUUUAGAACCCAUUCAAAAUUUGGUCAAAAUGCUUUUUGAUGUUAAUACUAUGAAGAAGGCUAUGUUGGAAUUUGAGCUUGAUAUGGAAAAGAUGCCUCUGGGAAAAUUGAGUAGAAAGCAAAUUCAGUCUGCAUAUUCUGUAUUAACCGAGAUAAGUGAGCUUAUUAAAAAUGGUGCUGCAGAAUCUAAAUUCAUUGAUGCUUCUAACAGGUUUUACACCCUAAUUCCUCAUGACUUUGGUAUUGAAACACCAACUAUUCUCUCAACUGUAGAAGAGUUGAAGGCUAAAACAGAUAUGCUUGAAAGUUUGCUAGAAAUAGAAAUAGCAUAUUCGUUAUUGAAAUCAGAAGAUGAAUCAGCAGAAGGUGUUUCUCCAAUUGAUACUCACUAUAAACAGCUUAAAACAGAUAUGUCUGUUUUGGAUAGAGAAUCUGAUGAAUUUAAAAUGCUUGCUAAGUAUGUACAGAACACCCAUGCUGCCACCCAUCAACAGUACGAUUUGGAAAUACAGCAGAUAUUCAAAAUCAAAAGAGAAAAGGAGGAUAGACGGUAUAAGCCAUUUAAGAAAUUACAUAAUCGCAAGCUGUUGUGGCACGGAUCUAGACUUACUAAUUAUGUUGGUAUUUUGUCACAAGGUUUACGUAUUGCUCCUCCUGAAGCUCCAACAACUGGUUAUAUGUUUGGUAAAGGUAUAUACUUUGCGGAUAUGGUUUCCAAAUCUGCAAAUUAUUGUUGCACUAGUGUAACAAAUCCUGUUGGUUUAAUGCUGCUAUGCGAAGUCGCUUUGGGAGAUAUGCUUGAGUGCACCCAGGCUAAAUACAUUACUAAACUUCCAAAGGAUAAACACAGCUGCAAAGGUGUCGGUAGAACUUAUCCUAAUGACAAAGAAGCAUUCAAACGUGAAGAUGGUGUGGAAGUACCUUUGGGAACUUCUGUUACAGAUGAUAAAUUGAAAUCAUCAUUAUUAUAUAAUGAAUACAUUGUAUACGAUGUUGCACAAGUCAAUUGUCAGUACUUGUUCCAGAUGAAAUUCAAUUACAAAUAUUGAAUUUAUUGAAUUAUCCAUACCUCCUCUUUGGUACUAAUGUACGAAAGGUUUGCUAUUAUUAUU